AUGGCACCCUUCGGUGAACUACUUGUUCGCCUGCCUACUGCUACUGAAGGGGAUGGUGAUGAUGAUACCGAGACGGAUGAUGCUGCCGCUGAGCCUCUGAAUAGCUCGGACUCUGGUUUGGCGGGUAUGCAGGCUCUCGAGGAUGCGGCUGCCGACUCUGAACACCUACGUGCUGAGGCUGAGGGCACGGCAAACAUGGUGUUUACACGGACCGUAACACACGACAGUCGUGAGAUCAACACAGCGCGCCUACUGUCUGAAACCUUCAAGUACAUGACAUCGCCAAGUUUGGUUGAUCGCCUCCGGCAAAUCAACGGUGAAACACGCUUUGGUUUCAAAGCCACUGCUUUUGCCGAUGAGCUACUUGAUGAGAUGUGCUAUACUGGUCCCCGUCUUUCUGUGCAACAGCCCAUUGUUACCCUUGUAUCUUGCAAUGAGCACUUCUUCCUGCUACUUGCUGAAGUGAAUCUCAUCCUUUAUAACUCGUCACUGGCAGAGAGCCUCCCGGUCUCGCUUCUUGGCGAGAAAGUGGUACAGAUUGGUUACCAGGGUCUAUGCCUUAUACCCAAUUCCAUUGAUGGCAACUCAAGCGGAACUCACGACUGGAUGUCGUCAGGGUUUCUGACGCUUUCCAAGCGUGUACCUGGGGCAUUAGUACAACCGGUCAACCCGGACAUCUCAACCUCUGCUUCUGGGAGUGGCUCUUGCCUCUUCGAGAGCUCUGUUCUCAUGUCGUUCACAUUGUCCCUGCUCGAGCGCGUCAAUCUGGAGCACACACGUCAGUCAGUUCCGAGCAUGACCAUAUAUAGAUGCUGA